AUGGGGUUGCACGAGAAGGUUUUGCAACAUGUAACCUCGAGUAUCUAUGGGUUCACUAGAGAUACAAUUGCACUGAAAGGAAUGAUCAAGCUACAAAUUACCUUGGAAACCAACCCUGUCACGGCCAAGUCAAUGGCCGAUUUUACAAUAAUCGACCAGUAUUCCACAUACAACGCAGUGAUAGGUCGCCCCAUUUUGAAAGAUAUGAAGAUAAUAACCUCCAUCUACCAUCUUAUGAUGAAAUUCCUUACCCUCGCGGGUGUGGGAUCCGUGCGAGGAGUCCAAUCGGAUUCAAGGGAGUGCUACAACACAACACUGAAGCUCGCAGAAAAGAAGAAAUCGGUAAAUGUGAUAUAUUUACUUGAAGCACCACCUCCUCGACGAGAAAUUUUCAGAAUUGCGGAGAUAUUGCAUGUAGAAAAACCUGAUUAG